AUUUGAUCGCUGGCACUGUUGGUUGUAAGCCAAAUAACAUUGACAUAAGUUUUCGUUAUAAUUUCAUUCUCAAUUCCCGAUUCUUUUUAUUAUCUUUCCUAUUUCUUUCCUUUACGGUUUUCUUUUAAAAAUUAGAUCUUUCGUCCCUUCGUAAACAAUGAUAACCCCCUUUUGAGAACCACCUUUAAACUUGAAGCCACGUGACCUUGCGGACGACCUCUAAUUCGUUAUUAGCAUCGUCCGUUCUUGCUCGUGUUUUACGAUAACCUCUAAUACGACGAUAGUAGACAUCGUCGUGAGAGGUGUUACAACGAACCACCGAACCCUUCAUCGUGUCACGUCCAAUUCCCGUCGACUUGCUACUAGAAUCGGUAGUAAAAGAUCCUCGAAUCAUCCGAGAUUAUGAUACGAACGACGACUGCUCUACGUAAUGAAUUGGCACGCGCUAUACUGCGAAGUUCCGUGCGGACGAACAUCGUAAGGUCCAUGGUCAUACGAUGUCUUCACAGAAAACAUCUGCAAAGAAUUCAGGUUCACAAUACCUUACGCCUUACGGCGACUCCGUGGAAGCAGCAACAAAGGUUUUACGCAGAUUUGCCAGACCAUGUCAGAGUACAACUUCCAGCGCUGUCUCCUACCAUGGAAACAGGCACCAUUGUUAGUUGGCAAAAAAAGGAAGGUGACAAGUUAAACGAAGGGGAUUUACUUGCAGAAAUUGAAACUGAUAAAGCAACUAUGGGUUUUGAAACCCCAGAAGAAGGCUACCUGGCAAAAAUUUUGGUGCCGGCGGGAGCAAAAAGUGUUCCUAUUGGCAAACUUGUUUGUAUCAUUGUCUCGGAUGCAGCUAGCAUAGAUGCCUUUAAAGAUUUUAAAGAUGAUUCCCCGGCCGCUCCACCACCCGCUGCAGCGGCACCUGCAGCUGCCCCAAUGCCCUCCACUCCACCCCCAUCUCCCAUAACACCACCGGCACCUGCAGCAACAAAACUGUCUACAACCUCUGGAGAUAGAAUAUACGCUAGUCCGCUAGCUAAACGACUCGCAGCUGAGAAAGGUCUUAGUUUACAGGGCUUGAAAGGCACAGGAUUGUUCGGGUCGAUAACAUCUAAAGACUUGGAAGGUGCUGGGCCAGCUAUUGUUGGCCAACCAGCACCAAUGGCAGGUGUUUCAGGCAUUCCAGGAGGAAUGGAUAUUCCUGUGUCUAAUAUCAGGGCAGUAAUUGCUAAACGUCUACUGGAAAGCAAACAAUCUAUCCCACAUUAUUAUUUAUCGAUAGAUAUAAAAAUGGAUGCAGCUCUUGAAAUGCGAGAACAGUUUAACAAAAUGCUGGAGAAAGAUAAAGUGAAGCUCAGUGUUAACGAUAUUAUCAUUAAAGGAAUGGCAAUGGCGUGUAAAAAAGUACCCGAAGGUAACAGUGCCUGGAUGGGUGACGUUAUUAGACAGUACAACAAUGUUGACGUAAGCGUAGCAGUAAGUACGGAUAAUGGUCUAAUUACACCUAUAGUCUUUGGUGCAGACACAAAAGGUAUAGUUCAAAUUAGUAAAGAUGUGAAAGCGUUAGCAGCGAAAGCAAGAGAGGGAAAAUUACAACCACAAGAAUUUCAAGGAGGAACUAUCACUGUGUCAAACUUGGGAAUGUUUGGCAUUAAAAAUUUCUCUGCUAUUAUAAAUCCUCCCCAAUCCAUAAUCCUUGCUGUAGGUACCACUGAAACCAGGCUAAUACCUGCCAAGAAUGAGAAAGGAUUUACGACUGCCCAAUACAUGUCUGUCACUGCCAGCUGCGAUCAUCGCACCGUGGAUGGUGCGGUUGGCGCGCAAUGGUUAGCUGCUUUCAAGAGCCUAAUGGAGAAUCCAACAACUAUGUUGUUGUAGUACGAAAGGUGACAAUGAGAUGUCCUGUAUAUUUGUGUAUAGUACGAUUUUAAAUUGUGUUACUUUACGCAUUUGCAAAUCAUCGAUUUUUAAUAGAGUCGAAAUUGUAAGCAGUAUAUUUUUUUUCUUUAACGCGAAAAAUCGAUGUGUCCGCAAUCCAGAUAUCGAUAUGUCACAAAUAUCGCGAGUCUCUUCCUCUUCUAUUUUAGGAAUUUUGUACAUGUGGUUUUUCUUGCAAACAAAACGUAAAAACUUAAGAUUGCAUUAUUUCCUUAAACUUUGAAACUUUAUUUCAUUAAAUUCCUUUGAAAAACCACAUCAAUCUUCCCCGGCAAUAGUAGCGGCCAUGUGUAAAUAUGUGUAUUUAUGAAAAUAAUAUUACGGCCAUUCUAUAUUGCAAAGAAUUUACUUUGAAAUUAGGGGAAAAUAGAUAAAAAAAUGAAAUGUGUCAAAAUGUUUAUAGCAACUAGCAUACGUACAUAUAAAUGUGUAUACCAUAUUUAAUAAAUUGUAAUUUACAAGCUCA